UUACCUCAUCCUUCUAUAUGGUAUUCAGAGCCUAAAAAUCCUCACGGAUACAUCGAUCCUCAUGGCAACCUCCUCUGAAGCUGCCGCUUCCUUCUUUAGUUUUCUCCCACCAGUAACCAAGAAACUAACUCGUAGCAACUACAACAUGUGGCUUGCUCAAGUCACAGCCACUCUGCAGGGCGCUCAGCUCUGGAGUUUCACCAAACCCACCACCAAACCCCCUCCUGAGUUUCUUGAGGUCGACGCCGCCGCUGCUGCGGCGGCGGGCAACAAGGCGGAACCGGCCGUCAAUCCGGAAUAUGAGAAGUGGUUGGCCAAGGACAGCCAAGUCCGCAGCUACCUCUUCACAUCCCUCUCCGAGGACACCUUCUCCCAGGUCGCGGACGCGACCACGGCGGCCGAAUUGUGGGCCGCAAUCCAGACGCCCCAAGCGUCCCAGUCCCGCGCCCGGAUCAUGUCCACGCGGAUGGCGCUCGCCACGGCAACCAAGGGGUCGUCAACCGUGGCGGAAUUCUUCACCAAGAUGAAGGGCUUGGCCGACGAGAUGGCGUCGGCGGGCAAGAAGCUGGACGACGAUGAGGUCGUCUCCUACAUCCUCAUGGGUGUUGGAGAGGAGUUCGAGUCGGUUACAUCUGCGGUUGCAAACCGUACCGACCCGAUUUCUCUCCCAGAGCUCCAGGCUCAGCUCGUGAGCCAUGAACAACGCCGUGAGAUCCGCGAUGGCGGCUCCCACUCCUCCGUCAACUCUGCAGAAAAGGGCGGCCGUCGUGGUGGUCGUCCUUCCUAUUCCCGUGGCGGCCGUGGUGGUGGUGGUCGCGGCGGCUUCGGGCGUGGCCGCAACAGCGGUCGGAAUGGUGGUCGUGGUGGUGGCCACAACAACAACAACAACUUCACCAACAACACCUUUCUCGAAGGUGUGAUCUGCCAGAUUUGUGGCAGGGAAGGCCAUGGUGCGGAUCGCUGCUACAAGUAUGUCGGCUACCCACCAAAGAAGAGUGCAUCCGCAGCAACAACCUCCUACGGCGUGGACACCAACUGGUACAUGGACACUGGUGCCACGGACCACAUCACUAGCGAGCUAGAUCAACUUACAAUCCGCGAUCGCUACAACGGCAACGACCAUGUACACACCGCUAGCGGAUCAGGGAACGAAGAAAACCCUACUCCAAGGCAGAUGUGAGCGUGGCCUCUACCCACUCCAGUCAUCCAAUAAAGAAGUGCUUGCCACCAUCAAACCAUCCACCUCGCUAUGGCAUCAUCGACUUGGUCAUGCAUCCACUCCAGUAGUUCAGCGUGUCCUCAACCACCAUAAGCUCCCUUUUGUUCAAGAUUCCAGUCAACAUAGUAUUUGUGAUGCGUGUCAACAAGGAAAAAGCCACCAGCUGCCCUACCCUAGGUCAACUAGUGUGUCAAAACACCCUUUUGAUCUUGUUUUUUCUGAUGUAUGGGGCCCCGCUCCCAAAUCUGUCGGUCAGAAUAAAUAUUAUUUAAGUUUCAUUGAUGAUUAUAGUAAACAUACUUGGAUCUAUUUACUUCGUCAAAAAUCUGAGGUGUUUCGAUGCUUUCUUGAUUUUCAGCAACUUGUUGAGCGUCAAUUCGAUUGCAAAAUCCGUGCUAUGCAAACAGACUGGGGUGGUGAAUAUCAAACUCUUAGCUCCUUCUUUAAACGUGUAGGGAUAUCCCAUCACAUUUCAUGCCCUCACGCACAUCAACAAAAUGGUGCCGCCGAACGCAAACAUCGACACAUUGUCGAGGUCGGCCUCACUCUUUUAGCCCAUGCUUCUAUGCCUCUCAAAUUUUGGGAUGAGGCAUUCAUCACAGCUGUCUUUCUUAUUAAUCGACUACCCACCAAAGUCAUAGACCACGACACACCUCAUGAACGUCUUCAUGGACAAGCUCCUGACUAUAUGUUUCUUCGCACCUUUGGAUGUGCAUGUUGGCCCAACCUUCGACCUUUUAAUCCUCGAAAGCUUGAG